UGAUUAAAUAAUUCUGAAUUAUUCGUUCAUCAUUCCAGUUUUCGAGAGAUAUAUUAUUUUUCAAAAAAAUAAAUAAAUUAAGUGUAGUGAACGAUGAGUAAAUUAGGAGGGUGGGGUAAAAGAAGUUUUUGAGUAUUUACUUUGGGGUCAUUAUUGUUUCACUAAACCCUAGAAAACCCACACGAAUUCCAACCUUUGUAACCCAGAACCUUGAUGUUAUAAAUUCCUCACAUUUCCCAAUAUCCCCAAAUCCUCAAAGUACCAACGAACCAACCGUUUUAGGAGUAGUAUUUAUUAUUGGAAGAAGAAGAAGCCUAUAAUUUUUCUCAGGUAAAAUAUCAAACAACUAAUGAGCAGGAUUUUGUUUUGCUUAUCUGAUUAUUUAAUUCAUGUUGGGUCUAUGUGUUUGUCUAUAAUUCGAUGCUUUUGCGUGAAGUUUGGGACACCCAAUGACUUUUUUAACGACUUUGAUGUAAUGGGUUUGGAAAUUUAUCUGAUGGCUUUAUUGGACUUCUCUUUGUUUUUAAUUUGUCUUUUCUAAAUUUUGAUUGUUAUUUGGUGUGAACGCUGGAAAAAAAUUGGCCUUUUGAUUGUGAUUCCUUGGAGGACACACAUCACAUUGUGGCUUUCAAAUUGGAAAAAAAGGGCUGUUUUUUGCAAUUUUUUGAUCUCUGGAAAAUUUUGGGUGGCUGCAAAUAAUUGCAAAGGUGUUGGCUUUGGUGGGUUACGGGGUUGCAAAGGAGUUGAGUUUCUAGAAAUGUGAGGUUUAUGUUUCUGCUUAUCUUAGGUUUGACUUGUCAAGGUUUAGGUUGACAUAAGGAGUUCUGGGUAUUUGGUUUUGGGGUUAAUAGUUUCUGGAAUGUCUGAGAAUAUUUGAUUUUUUUCUCUUUUGUUAAUCAUUCAUCGAAGUUUCUUUUAGUUGACAAUAGAAAGAAAGAUAUUUGGGAAGGUUGAAUUCUUGUCACCUGGAAACUCAGAUAUAUAAGAUAAGAAUCUCCAUUCACAAUUGAGCAAGUUGUCUGUGUAUGGGUUUCUGGAAACUGGCACAGGCUUGUAAAUUGGUGGAAAUGUGAAAUUGCAACAAAUUUGUGUGAUCAGGAGAGAGUUGCUUCAACUUGAUUGUAUUGAAGGUUAUCAAGCUCAUAAUAAGAAUUUCUGCUCUCAUUAGAUGCUCUGCUUCGGCGUUUUAGUUUAGGGGUUGUGAUUUUCGUUUUGUUUAAACCUAUCAUGGAUGAAGCUACGUGCAGCACGAAUGCGCUGCCUCCUUUUCUUACAAAGACAUAUGAAAUGGUGGAUGAUCCAUCCUCUGAUGCCAUCGUUUCCUGGAGUUCGAGUAAUAAAAGCUUCGUUGUGUGGAAUCCUCCAGAUUUUGCAAGGGAUUUGUUGCCUAGAUACUUCAAGCACAAUAACUUUUCCAGCUUCAUCAGACAGCUAAACACUUAUGGAUUCAGGAAAGUUGACCCUGAAAAAUGGGAAUUCGCUAAUGAAGAUAAUUUUUUUAGAGGUCAGCCACACCUUUUGAAGAAUAUCCAUAGACGUAAACCGGUUCAUAGUCAUUCUGCACAGAAUCUUCAUGGCCUGUCAUCUCCAUUAACUGAAUCCGAAAGACAAGGGUAUAAGGAAGAUAUUCAAAAGCUGAAGCAUGAGAAUGAGUCACUUCACUUGGACCUACAAAGACAUCAGCAGGAUCGCCAAGGACUUGAAUUGCAAAUGCAGGUUUUCACUGAACGUGUUCAACACGUGGAACAUCGUCAAAAGACCAUGCUCUCUGCUUUAGCUCGAAUGUUAGAUAAACCAGUAACAGAUUUGAGUCGCAUGCCACAACUUCAAGUGAAUGACAGAAAAAGAAGGUUGCCAGGAAACAGCUGCCUUUAUAACGAAACUGACCUGGAAGAUACUCGAGCGAUUUCAUCAAGGGCUUUGACUUGGGAAAACAUGAAUCCAUCCUCUCUUCUUACAAUCAACGCAGAACUGUUAGAUCAGUUGGACUCUUCUUUGACCUUUUGGGAGAAUGUGCUACAAGAUGUUGAUCAAGCUUGGAUACAGCAGAAUUGUUCAUUAGAGUUGGAUGAAUCUACAAGUUGUGCAGAUAGCCCUGCUAUAUCUUACACACAACUAAAUGUUGAUGUUGGGCCUAAGGCUUCUGAUAUUGACAUGAAUUCUGAGCCUAAUGCAAACACUAACCCUGAGGUUGCGGCACCAGAAGACCAAGCAGCAGUGGCAGGUACAACUACCAAUGUCCCAACAGGGGUAAAUGAUAUAUUUUGGGAACAAUUCCUAACUGAGAAUCCUGGUUCAGUUGAUGCAUCUGAAGUACAGUCUGAAAGGAAAGAUAUUGGCAACAAAAAGAAUGAAAGCAAACCAGUAGACAGUGGAAAAUUUUGGUGGAACAUGAAGAGUGUAAAUAGCCUGGCAGAACAGUUGGGACAUCUUACUCCAGCAGAGAAAACAUAAUUUGGUAGGUUAUAUGAUAAAUGUUUUAUUCAUGGUGUUUGCCUUCUGGCUUGUUGUAUAUCUCGAGUACAAGCUGCUUUAUCAGGGGUAGAUAAACGUGUCGAUAUAUAAGUUGUUUUUGUACUUUGCUGUGUGCAUUGCAUAAUAUGAGGGAAAUAGGGAGCUUCUGAAAAUUCUCUAGCAGGACUUCCUUGUUUUAUGUUGCUUAUGUUCUUAUUAGCCUUGCUCAUUGUACUUCCUUUUGGAAAUAGUAAUAUCUCUUUGUAUUAUUUGUUGUAAUUCCCUACAUGUUUGCUGAGUAUGCCAA